UGAAAAAAAAUUUUGGGAUUUUUCGAUGGACGAACUUGCGCUUUACGAUCUUCCCGAUACCAUUGAUUAUAUAUUAGAUAUAACGGGAGCUCCAUCGCUUACCUACAUAGGUUUCUCCCAAGGAUCAGCUCAAUGUUUUGCCGCAUUGUCGAUUAAUCCGAAAAUGAAUAAGAAAAUUAAUCUGUUUAUUGCUCUGGCCCCCGCCACAAGCCCGGGGGGUCUUAGAAGCGCAAUAUGUAAUGCUCUAAUAAAAUCCUCACCGAAUGUGUUAUAUCUAAUUUUUGGUAGAAAGGCAAUGCUUUCAAUGGUAUUAUUUUGGAAAAAGGUUUUAUCUCCACCAAUAUUCACAAAGAUAGUAGACGUCGCAUUGAAAUUCCUAUUCGACUGGGAUUGUAACAACAUUACCGAAAUACAAAAGAUUAUAGGGUACUAUCAUUUGUACAGUUGUAGCAGUGUUAAAUGCAUUGUGCAUUGGUUCCAAAUAAUCAAAUCAAAGUCAUUCCAGAUGUAUGAUGAAUUACCCCAAUAUUCGGGAUUGGAUCAUAGUUGUCAAUGCUUCCCUACACCACAGAUUACCACACCGAUUGCGGUAUUUUAUGGCGGGAGGGAUAGUCUGGGUGAUAUAUCGACGUUGUUAAAGCAAAUACCUACACCAGUGCUAAUAAGAGAGAUCACCAAUUAUGAGCAUUUAGAUUUCAUCUGGGCAUCAGAUCUAGGAGUCAAUUUGUAUCCCGACAUAUUCGAUCUGAUAAUCCAAUAUAGUCAUCCCAAUUUCCGAGAAGAUGAGUAUCGUCGCGAUGAAAAUGAAAUAUUAUUUGAUUUUAGUGGCAGUGAUGAAGAUCACGGAUACGAUGAAAGAAGGAAGAAUGGUGAUGAUAUGGGUAAUGAUAGUGAGAAUAAUCAGCGGCAUAUUAAUUAUGAUUCCAGCGGGGAUUUACAACCUCAAGAAAUGUAUUUUAGUGAGAUUAGGCACAGCGAAUUACACCAGAGUAGUGCUGGUGAUAGUGAAUCAAGAAGAAGUGAAGUUUUAUAUUCUGAUGAUAAACCAGAGACACAACGAUUAACCCAAGGGCACGCGUCUCACGCAGAUGAUGAAUCGAUGACAUACAGCGAACCAGAGGUUGUGACAAUGGUAGAAACUAGUGGAGAUGAUGAUGAUCAUCAACCACUACAAAGGGUUAUCGAAGGUAGCGAUGAUGAUUUUGCGAUGAGUUAG